UCCGACAUUCGUCAAGUAGAGAACUGCAGAAGCGAAACCAUUAAUAAUGUAUACGACAUUAGUGCUGUGCUUGGCGGUUCUUGGCAGUUCCAUAGCUGCACCAGGUUAUGUUGCGAAAACAGUAGUCCUGGACAAAGAGGCUGAUAUACCGAACACAGUUGGCGGCUCUCUUGGUGCAUCCGCAUCUUUUGGUCCCUUCUCCGCUGGAGCUGGUCUUGGCGGAUCUGCUGAUGGUGGCGGGUUAUAUGCGGGAGCAAAGGCACCACAAGGAACUGCCCAAGCUGGUCUUGGAGGUGGAAGCAGCUCAUCAGCCUCUGCGAGUGCUAGUGCCAGUGCUGGAGGAGGUGCUACAGCAGGAUCAGGAGCUACAGCAGGUGCUGGAACUGGUGCCGCCCACGGAACGGGCUUCUUCGACAGAAUUUUCAAUAUUCCGAUUUCCAUCCUCCAGUCUGUCAAUAGCCAUCUCAAUGCUAAUGGAGGAGUGAGAAAGCGUGUUUACGUCGCAGGAGGUGCCAACGGAGUACCUGUUGCAAGCGGCCCCGCGCACGCUGGAGCAAGCGCAUCUGCAGGAGCCAGCGCAGGCGGAGCUGAUGGUACCGCAAGAGCGGACGCAGGAUCUGACGCAAGCGCAGUUGCAUCUGCUGGAGGACACGCGUCAGUAGGUGUUCGCAAGAACUACGAUGCCGUUUUUAAUAUUCCAAUAACAGCUUUGAAGUCAGUAAACCAGUUCUUGAAUGGAAAAUAACUACAUCAUAAUUUUAUUGUAUAUAAAUUAAAAUAAAAGUAACAUCUCAUUUUUUAUAAGUGUACAAUUAUUUCAUAUUUAAAAUAAAACUUUCUUGUAUAUAAGACUUA